AUGCGCCUUCAUCUUGUUAUUUCGCGGCAUGGCUUGCCUGCCACCCGCGUUUUGUGGACAACUACCGCUGCCGCUUCGCUGGGAGAAUUUGGUACCCGUGGUGCUGCUCCGGCCUCUGUGAUUGCUUCCUCUCGGAACCCCAAUGUCGCGUUUUCUAAUGGCGGAUACACAAUUGCUCAACUGCUGGAAGACGUGAAUGAAGUUGUACCACUUGAGACAGAGCCAAGUGUUUUCGAUCCGGAGUUCAGUGGCCAGUGGGGCCUAGAAGAUUAUGUGGUGGAGGUCGGUGGAUCGGAAUGCCUGCAUUUCAUGGAAGUGGAGGGGUUGCUUAGAGAUGGCGAUGAAGUUGUCAUUCGUGCCUUACAGCUUGCAGAUCUACGUGCGAGGCGGCUGUGUGGUCGUCACCAGAUUGCUACAGAUGGCAAACAUCUUAUCGAUGGUGUCCCAUUUGGAUUGCCGUUCCUUAAGCGUGCUACCACUAGUCGGCCCGCUAUCACGAUCCCCCCGCGGAAAAAACGUCGAACUGUUUUCUCUUCUGGCUGGGACCAAGAUGCUGGAUUCGAAUAUGGAGACCCAAACCCUGCUGAUGAAGAGGGUGACGGGGAGUGGCUGCCACCGACUGAUACUGGAUUCGGAAAGGAGCUCUCCGUGCUGCCUGUAGAGCAUGACAUGUCUAUGGGAACAGUUAUCAGACAUCCUAUUGAUUAUUCUGCGGAUGAGGAUAGCGACGAUGGGUAUGAACCUGAAGAGGACGAGCUCGAAAGUGAGCUCAAGGCCUUGAAGGAGGAUUUUGAAGAGCCUGUUCAAAAUUUUGAUGACAUCCGGAACCAAACCCAACAAGCUGGCGAGCUCUUGGUGGGACGUCCCAACUCUGCGGGCAAUAGACCUGGCUCUGCCAGUACACUCCCUGGAGGAUCGUUAAAAGUGGCCUCCGCUCCUAAAGAGGAAUUAGAUGAUGAAAAUUCAGAUGCAUCCGACUCAUCUUCAUCUGAUUCUAGUUCCGAUGAUUCUUCAUCCGAGGAAGAAAUGCUCACUCCAAAUAAAGCACGGCGCUCCCUCAUGGCUCCUCCUGGCCAGGGUACCAUACGAACCAAGAAAAGCAAUACCCGAUAUAAGCUUCGUCGCCGUCUAUCCAAGCUCAAGGAGAUUGGCCAACUCCCCAGCAAUGCAGAUUUUGCUGCGCUGCGAACCUGGGAAGAAGAAAACGGAGGCUGGCAUUUCCCUGAAGAGCCAAGCAUUAUGUCUGUUACAGUAAGCAAAGAGGAGAAAAAGGAGCAAGCCCAGCGGGAGUUUGAAGCUAAACGGCAGCAACUUCUACGUGACCUCGCAGCUUGCGGCCAUGAUGUAGAGGAUACGUCUGGAAAGGAAAAUGUCCCUCCACGCACCUCCACUGUCUCUGCACCUGCGGUCCCUGAUUCAGUUGUCCUCGAGGAGACUAAAUCUGAGACCCCUGAAACAGAACGCGCAAACCGACGUACUUUGGAUAUUGCGAGUUCGCAACGACUUCUUUUCGGGUCUCUUGGGGUACGCGCACCCAAAACCAAAGAAGAUGAAGAGGCUAUUAUGAGCAAGCUAGCAGCCCAGGCCAGCAGGGUUCAAAAAAAGCGAGCUGAAAAGCCGCCUGUCGAAGAGGAGUUGCCCAUGGAAGAAGAGAGUGAUGAUGGCAUUGUCAACUGGGAAGAUAAGCUCAACAUCAAGGCCACAGAAUGCGUGUUCGACGAUAUCACGCUGACGGCCCCGCCGUUUCCCUUUCAAAAUCGCUGGGACUCGGAAGCGGAUGCCAUCAUUCGAGGGCGCCUAGGUUGGAACAAGAAGCGCAAGCGGAAGCACAGAGUCCAGGUCUACGAUGGGGCCGAAGAAUAUUAUGAGGGCCAGUAUGAGGAUGAUGCCUACAACGCCGAGCAAGAAUAUGAAGAUCACGCCUACAAUACCGAGCAAGGAUAUGAAGAUCAUGCCUACAACACCGAGCAAGGAUAUGAAGGUGCCGACAAUCACGAGAUCACGCUUAACUACGACGAGGAAGAACAGGAACCGGAGACUAGCUUUCAUGAACAAGCUCACAUGGCUACCGUCGAUGACCUUCCUGUUUUUCCCGAUGACUCGGAUUGUGUGACGGACUUGCUUGAAUGUGAAGUGAAGCCGGGAGCCAUUAUUGCUUUUCGGCAACUAGAUAUGUCCAAGGCAACAAAUUGGCAACCUCGCAUGUCAGACUACAGAGUAGCCGAAGUCCAAAAGGUUGAAAAUAACAUCAUCCAUGUUCGACUAGCGAUACGUGAUUGGAUCCACAAGGAAGAACCUGUGGAAUCGGAAGACGAUGGGCGCCGACUUUACAGUGGCUUUGAGAUGCCCGGAUUCGAUGACGAAGAAGGAGAGGACGACGGCCAUCGCGAACUGGUUUAUACGGAACUCAGCGACCCAAAGCUUCUGAAACCGGGGCCAUGGGGCGUGGACAAUGACUUGGGGGUGGACAAAGGCGUUGCUCAAGAAGAUAGCAUUGUCUCCGUAAUUGCGGAUUCGAUGCCAAAUGCUCAGCUGGCUCCUCCACUGGACGACAUGGACCUUGAUGAAACGACAUUUGUCACUCUGGUCACCGCUCACGAAUCUCCGCAAAGGCUCUCGGACGUUCCAUCUAUUCGAACCCCCGGUGGCACGACGAUCACUGCGAUUCGCCAGGAUGCCGACGAUGAGCACAGUGACAGCCCUGCCGUACCCUCGCCAUCAUUCUCUGGGUUCCAUUCUGCGCGGUCUUCUCCUGGAAUGAGAUUACGCUUCAACGCCCAGGUUGAGGACAGCAAUCUUGACGGUCUCACUCUUGUUGGUGAGGCUCAGUCCGUUCUCGACGCCUCCAACCAGGAUAUUUCGGCCCUUUCAUUCUUAUCCGCCAAUGAAUCCAUCUCCCACAAUGGAUCUCAAAUCCAGGGGCAGCAUGAUCGCCAGGUCGUUGACGAGCCACAGCAUGCUCUUGGGGCUAGUGGAUCGGGACCUGACUCCUUAUUGACUCAGGUUCAUAACACAAACGGCUCCAACUCGGACCAGUCCAAGUCCCCGCCUGCCCCGGCACGGAGUAUUGUUGAAGAAACUCCCGAGAACCGAGAAGAGCCUUCUGGGUCUUGGGAAGAUAUCCUACGCACGAGUUCUCAGGAAAACACUGAUGAGGAAAAAGAAGCAGACCAUGAAGACGAAGACAGUCUUCUUCACAGCAAUCAAAGUCCUGCUCUGACCCCCCGCCCAUCCCCGCCUUGCUCGCCUUCCUCCAGCUCACGUUCUGCGCACAUUCCACCUCCCAGCGCUCAGCCCGAGGUUCUCUCUCAGAAAUCAAAAAAACCAAAGACGACCACCAAGCUGAAGAUCGAACCUCCCACCUCGCCUGCUCGCUUCAAGAGCCGUGCUGAUCGCCCUUCUGCCUCUCAAAUGAACGCAUCGCAGAUGUCCGAGUUAAUAGAUCUCACGUCGAGCCCAAUUCCCGAAAGCCAACUUCCCAGGGAACUUCCAACCGUUCUUUCCUCAAACAGCGGCCGUAAAAAGAGCAAGAAGCGGCUGUCGCGCAAGUUUUGA